AUGCAAAAACGCAUAUUACUUACUUAUGAAUAAUUUUUAGUUAAAAAUUAAACAGUCACCCAUCAACCAAUGAACCAAUCAAUCAAUUGGAGUUAUGAUUAGAUUAAUACUUCUAUUUUAUAAAAAGUAUAACUAGUAAAAAGGGUUAAUAAAGAAAUUUAAUAUAAAAAUAUAAAUCAAAUAAAAAAGCAAAAAACAUUUGAAAACUUUAUGGAUUAAAAUUAACAAUAAAUGAAAGUUAUACCUAAUUGCGAAAUUGAUUCCGUUAUAGAGACGAGUGACAAGAAUAAGGAAGAAUUUAAAGACUAUCCCUAUAGGUGGUGGAUAGUUGUCUUAUUUUGUUUCCCAAAUAUGAUGAACGGGAUAGAGUGGAUUACAUUUAGUUCUAUCUCCACCCAAGUUCAGCAAGCAUAUAAUGUAUCUUAAUUUGUUGUUUCGUUAACUUCGCUAGCCUCAAUGUUUUGUUAUAUUGUAAUUAACUUUCCAUCAAACUACAUUCUUUCAGAAAAAGGAUUAAGAAUAGGAGUAUUUAUAGGUAUUUUUUUUACAAUCGUUGGUGCAUGGAUCAGACUUCUUAUAAAUGAUAGCUUUGGAUGGGCAAUUUUAGGAUAAGUAUUUGGUGGAAUAGCUUAACCAUUUAUUUUGAACGCUCCUACUCAAAUUGCUGCAGUCUGGUUUAAACCAUAACAAAGAUAAAUAGCCACAGCAAUUUUAUCAUUAAUCAAUGUUAUAGGAGUUGGAAUCGGAUUUUUAUUCCCUAGCUUUGUUGUGAGUGCUUCUUAUUCUGAUAAUACUAGGAGUGAAAUUUAUAAUUUGAUGCUUAUUUAGGCUAUCAUAAUCACAGCUUGUUGCAUACCAACAGUCAUAUUUUUCAGGGAAAAACCUCCUACUCCACCAAGUCAUUCUGCGAGCGUUGAAAAAUCUAAAUUUAGCGAGUCUAUGUGCACUCUCAUUAGGGAUAAGAAUUUUAUAUUUCUCUAUAUUUACUUCGGCUGUAUAUUAGGAAAUUUUAAUUCGGUAGCAACCUUAAUAAAUUUCUUUCUUGAAAAAUUUGGCUAUUCUUCAGAUGAUACUAGCUAUUUUGGUGCUGUUUUUAUAGUUUCUGGAUUAAUUGGAUCAGCCAUAUUAUCAAUAGUGGUAGAAAAAAAUCAAAAAUAUAAAUUAGUAAUAAUAAUGAGUACUAUUGCAUCUAUUUUAUCCUACUCUUUGACAAUGGCAGUUUUACCAGUUGAAAUUUUUUCAAUCUAAUUGAUUUCAUUUUUUUUAUUUGGGUUUUUUGCUACUCCUUUGAUUCCUUUGUCGUUAGAAUUUGCAUGUGAAAUAACUUUCCCAAUCUCUGAAACGAUAGGUUCUGGAUUAAUUUUUAAAUCUGGCUAAAUGUUUGGAGUUUUACAAAUUGUUAUUUCUACAAAUGUUAUAUAAAUUGAUAGCUAAUAAGAUGUUUAUAUUUGUAUGGCACUUGGACUAUUUUUAUAAAUUUUGGGACUAAUAUUUAUGCUUUUUAUCAAAGAAAAUUUAAAAAGAAAAUAAGAGGAAAAGAACUAAGAAAACUUGAAGCAAAAAGAUUUGUUAUCCUCUCCAAACCCUUAGAGUUUAGAACUAGCAUAAUCAAGCUCAGAUUAGUUUCAGCAAGUUUGUAACUUCAAAAUUUGA